UUUUUCUGAUGUGGCAUGUACAAAAAGGGCGGAAUAAUGAACACCAAAACGGUGCGGUUACCACCACGUCGGGUUUCCAUGCCCACCAACAAGCGCAAACAGAGAGACGAUUUUGACCUAAAACGAUUAAACCCCCCACUCAUGAAGUUACCCAAGCCGGCUCUCCCUUUAGCCUGCUCCGACAAAGCCACCCAGCCGGCUCUCUCCAACCAGCUUCUGGCUGGAUACCUGGCUCACGAAUACCUCACUCGUGGGACGCUGUUCGGCCAAACGUGGGUCCCGGCUCGACCGCCACAAACGGCCGCCGAAUCCGGGAGGGGAAUCCGAGAAGACUUGGAUCUAAACGAGAGAUCCGUACCCGGAAAAGCCAAGCGUGAGCCGGAGCCGAGGGAGGAGAAGCGCCGAAGGUACGUUGAAGUGGCUAGCUUGCUGAAGACAGAUGGGGCACACAUACCGGGCAUCAUUAACCCAAGCCAGCUCUCUCGUUUCUUACAGAUGUGAGGUUGUUUUCUUACUCGUGGAGACACCUCAUUGGCCACAAUUUUUCAUUAUCUUUUUAAAUAUUUUUUAGACGUAUUUUUAUCCUUUUUCUCCUCGCUUCUGCU